AUGUUGAACAAAAUGACCUCUUCUUGGCAGCAGCAGACGAUGAGAGGUCCUAGGUGGAACCGGGUCCUGUCCGACCCUUUGUUCGUGCUGCUCCUGGCCCUCCAGCUCCUGGCGGUGGCGGGUCUGGUGCGCGCGCAGACCUGCCCAUCCGUCUGCUCCUGCAGCAACCAGUUCAGCAAGGUGAUCUGCACCCGGCGGGGACUACGUGAUGUCCCAGACGGCAUCUCCACCAACACACGAUAUCUGAACCUUCAGGAGAACCUCAUCCAGGUGAUCAAGGUGGACAGCUUCAAGCAUCUGCGGCACCUGGAGAUCCUCCAGCUCAGCAAGAACCACAUCCGCAACAUUGAGAUUGGGGCUUUCAACGGCCUGGCUAGUCUCAACACCCUGGAGCUGUUCGACAACCGCCUCACCACCAUCCCCAACGGGGCCUUUGAGUACCUCUCCAAGCUCAAGGAGCUGUGGCUGAGGAACAACCCAAUCGAGAGCAUUCCCUCGUAUGCGUUCAACAGGGUGCCCUCGCUACGGAGGCUGGACUUAGGGGAACUGAAACGCCUCUCGUAUAUCUCAGAGGGAGCUUUCGAGGGACUCAGCAACCUGCGCUACCUGAACCUGGGCAUGUGCAAUCUCAAGGAGAUUCCCAACCUCAUCCCUCUGGUCAAGCUGGACGAGCUAGAGAUGUCAGGGAACCAGCUGACGGUCAUCAGACCCGGCUCCUUCAAAGGGCUGAUCCACCUGCAGAAGCUGUGGAUGAUGCACGCCCAGAUCCAGACCAUUGAGAGGAACUCCUUUGAUGACCUGCAGUCGCUUGUGGAGCUCAACCUGGCCCACAACAACCUCACUCUGCUGCCCCAUGAUCUCUUCACCCCCCUGCACCACCUAGAGAGAGUCCACCUCCACCACAACCCCUGGAACUGCAACUGUGACAUCCUGUGGCUCAGCUGGUGGCUCAAAGAGAUGGUGCCGGCCAACACCAGCUGCUGCGCCCGCUGCAGUUCCCCAGCAAGCCACAAGGGGCGCUACAUCGGUGAGCUGGACCAGAACUAUUUCCAUUGUUAUGCACCGGUUAUCGUAGAGCCUCCGGCUGACCUGAACGUGACAGAGGGCAUGGCAGCGGAGCUGAAGUGCAGGGCAAGUUCUCUGACCUCAGUCAGUUGGAUUACACCUAACGGCUCCAUUAUGACCCACGGUGCAUACAAGAUCCGCAUUUCCGUGCUAAACGAUGGCACGCUCAACUUCACCAACGUCACCAUGCAGGACACGGGCACCUACACCUGCAUGGUGAGCAACUCAGCGGGCAAUACCACAGCAUCUGCCACGCUGAACGUGUCAUCCACAGAGAACGUCCUGAGCUACUUUACCACAGUGACAGUGGAGACCAUAGAGCCAGUGCAUGACGAGGGGCGCACCACAGUUGGGCAUAAUGUGGGCCCUACCCCCUCUGCCGGCUCCUGGGAGACCGUCUCAUCCACAUCUACCACCACCACCACCACGGCCCGGACACCCCUCUCCACCCGGGUCACAGAGAAGACCUUUACCAUCCCCGUCACAGACCUGAACGGCGGCUCAAUGACCGGCCUGGACGAGGUGAUGAAGACCACCAAGAUCAUCAUCGGAUGCUUUGUGGCCAUCACCCUCAUGGCCGCUGUCAUGCUCAUCAUCUUCUACAAGAUGAGAAAGCAGCACCACCAGCAGAAUCACCAUGCACCCCAGCGCACCAUCGAGAUCAUCAACGUGGACGAGGACUGUGUGACGGGCGGGCCGGCCAUGGAGGGCCACCUGACUCUUCCCCCGCUCGAGCAUGAGCACCUCAACCAUUACAACACCUAUAAGACUGCGUACAACCACGUCUCCACCAUCAACUCCAUACACAGCUCGGCGCACGAACCUUUGUUAAUCCGGGCCAGCUCGAAAGACAAUGUACAAGAGACCCAGAUCUAA